AUGGCGGUCCCUCAGAGGACACUGAAUUGGCUGUAUAGUGUCCUGUCCAAAGAUCACUAUGAUCCACAACAGACCUACCGCGACCCAAACCGGACCUACCACGAUGUCGCCAAUGCGCUCUCCCAGUACCCCUCGCUCUCCCCUCGAACAGAUGUCUACACCUACGAGACAGGGUUCUCGGCCCUCCUCCUUCAUCUUGUGGGCACGUUGCCUGUCACCUUCCGAGGAACGACAUAUCGAUUUCCCAUUGCGCUUUGGAUUCCAAAUACAUACCCACGCGACCCUCCAAUUGCCUACGUGACGCCGACGCAGGAAAUGGCUGUCCGAGUUGGGCAACAUGUGACGCUGGAGGGACAGGUGUACCACCACUAUCUAGCACACUGGGCUGAAGCCUGGGAGAGAUCCAACAUUGCCGAUCUUCUUUCUAUUCUUCAGGAUGUAUUUGCCAAGGAGCCACCAGUCCGAUACAGACAACAAGUGCCACAUCCUCAGCUGGAAGCUGCGCAAACACCCCCGCCCUUACCUCCCCUUCCACCCGGUGUCGGAUCUUCAAGACAAGCUCAGUCUAUGUCUCCGCCUACAAGCCAAGGCCAGCGUCAGAGCCAGAUUCCACCCCCGCCUCCGCCGAAGCCAGGCGCGGCUGGAGAACAUCUGCAGCAGCAACAACAACGGCACCCGGUCGAUCAAUAUCAAUAUUCCCCACCGCUACCUCCACCAAAAGAGCAAGGCUCUCGUCAACCAUAUGUGUCCGCACAAUUGGCUAGCCCAAGAAUCCACUCAUACCAGAAUUACGCGCCACCGGCCCAAACUGGAGGGCCGAUAAGCAGUCCUCGUCCCUUGUCACACCCACCAAUCCAUCAGCCAGCGGGGCAGCCCCAGUCGGCGCAGGGUCAAGCACCGUAUUAUAGAAACAGUGGUGCGCCGCUCCAUCAUGCGGCUGGGUCUUUAAGCCAACUCCCUCUUCAAGCUCAACCUACGGGGGCUCACUUGCCUAUGCAGCCGCAAUUCCCCCAGCAACCACACCAGCAACCGCUUGGUCCCCCAUAUCCUCAGCAUUCUCCAUACCCAUCCAAUUAUCCCCGUCCACCCCCAGCAGCUCCCAUCAAGGCCGACACACCCGACCUUCUAACCUCGCCAUUUGAAGUCGAGCUACCCUCAAUCGCGCCAGCAGGACCAGCGCCUCCCAUCCCGCCAAACCCAGAGAAAGAUGCACUCCUUCAUGUCGUGUCCCAGACCCUGGCGGAAACCCUCCGUGCUAACGCUGCUCAAUCCGACACGGCAGCGCAGUCUCUUGUCUCACAAUCACAGUCCCUGCAUGGCGCUAUGACCACACUGCAGGGGGAACUCUCGGCGCUCAAUACUCUCCAUGCGACCCUCCAAUCCAACACCGCUGUCCUACAGCAAUCUAUCCAUCGCGCCGACGCUACCAUUGCAGACGCGCAGGCCCGCUCUGUCUCCGCUUCUGGCGCUGCUUCAAGCUCCGCUACUCCAGACACUCCGGCCGGCCAGCCCCCAAUUGAUGACGUCCUAGUCGCCCCCACCGUGGUAGGGAAACAGCUAUAUGAUUUAGUGGCCGAGGAGCAAGGUAUACAGCAAGCGCUCUAUGCGUUGCAGGCUGCGCUGGUCCGCGGUGUUAUUGGUGUCGAUUCCUGGUCACGGCAUACACGGAGUCUUGCACGUGAAGCUCUUCUCAAGCGGGCAUUGAUUCGUAAAAUCGGACGUGGAAUGGGGCUGGAUGAGAGUGUGGCUUGA